AUGGCCAAGUUGGUGACGUCUCUUCACUCUUUGGUAGCUGAAGAUUGCUACAUACUUGGGAAAUAUGCCUACUACUCACAAGACUUCUACCACACGUAUUUGUGGAUGCAAGCCGCCCUUGGUAGAGAAUUACUCGAGCAGAACAAAACUGUGGCUCGGUCAGAGAUCCUCGAUUACUGUGCAUACGCCACGUCUAGGCAAGGAAAUAUACGCCACGCACUGAGUCUAACAAAGGAAUGGUUAUUGUUAGACCCUAAUCAUGAACGAGCGAAAAACAACAAGCUGUAUUAUGAACGAAUGAUCCUUGAUGAAGAAAGGAGAGAAGGAAAACGCGGAGACGAAGAAAUUCCCAUCAAGAAUGAGCGUCAGGUUGACGACUAUCGGAAGUCAGUUGAAUUCACGUCCUAUGAGGCGCUGUGUCGGGGGGAGGAUAUCAUGGCUAUAAAAGAUGAGCACCGGUUAAAAUGCCGCUUUGAAACGAACAACCACCCACUCCUGAUGAUUCGGCCCGUCAAGCUGGAAGAAGUUCAUCUCAAACCGUGGAUAGUCCUGUAUCAUGAUUUUCUCAGUGACGCCGAGAUAGAAACAAUUAAAACAAUAGCAUUGCCACGGUUGAAUCGAGCGACCGUCAAUAAUGUUGUAACCGGACAACUAGAAACAGCCAGCUAUAGAGUUAGUAAGAGUGCCUGGCUGCAGUCACAAGAACACAUACACAUUGACAGAGUGGUCAACAGAAUCGAGGCUGCCACAGGCUUGAACAUGGAAACAGCUGAGGAGCUUCAGGUUGCCAAUUAUGGACUAGGAGGUCAUUAUGAGCCACAUUUUGAUUUUUCAAGGAGAGAAGAGGAAGGUGCGUUUAAGUCACUUGGGACUGGAAACCGACUUGCGACUAUGUUAAAUUAUAUGAGUGAUGUAGAAGCAGGUGGAGCCACUGUUUUUCCAAGAAUUGGAGUUAAACUGUUUCCAAAAAAGGGUGUUUCUGCGUUCUGGUACAACCUGUAUAGAAACGGGCAGGGAAUUGAAAAGACCCGCCAUGCUGCGUGUCCCGUGCUGGUCGGGACGAAGUGGGUUUCAACCAAGUGGAUUCACGAACUCGGACAAGAAUUCCGCAGAAAGUGUAGUUUAAACCCAGAUGAAUAACACAUGCACACACAUUUACGUAUCAAGAUGAAUAACAUGUGCACAUACAUUUACGUAUCAGAAGGUGCUAAUUUCAAAACAAAUCAUUCCUAAUAAUACAUGAUUAUUGUAUUUUGCAUUAUAUAAAUUAGAGGAAAUGCAACCAAAUUUAUGAUGUUUUUGUAGUGUAAUGUAUGCAUAUUUCUGUUGUUACUAAAAAAAAGAGGUUUUAUUUCACUGUGUGGAAUAGUUUGCACUUAAAUAUAGCAGUCAAACGAUCAUUUUAUAGUGUAAUAUAUACCGGUAAUACAUAUAUCCUGUUGUUACCAACAAGUGUGUUAUUUUACUGUAUGGAAUAGAUGACACUUAAACUUGAUCUUUUGGUAAGCAUGUAUUUUUCCCCCAGGCUGUAGUCAACAACCGAUGGAUCUCUUUGAUUUAACCUCCAAAUUGACUUUACCAUUUGUAUACAAAAGGUUGUGGGGAAAGUAUAUUAUCGUGUAUAAACAAAGAUAUAAUAGUACCGGUAGCCUAUUUACACUGUUUCCUUAGCUUUAUUUGUAUACACAAUAGGUACAGACAACAUGGUGGCCAUGACAACUGCUGAUGUGUCAUUUCAUGUAAGGGUCUCCUUUUCAUUCGGUUUAAACAUUGUACAGACCAAAAGAUGUAUAAAUACAACACUGAGCCAAAAUUAUACAAGUUUGAAUAAUGUUGUUGUUUUGUAAUUCAAAUCUGUAAAUAACUCUUAUUAUAAUAAUAAAUAAUAUCAUCUCAAUUUUGCAUUACUUUCGGCAAUACUUUGAAACCGAAAUAGAUCCCUUCAUUUGUUUUCUUUAUUUCAUAUUAAUAAAUUGACUGUUUACAUUAGUUGUUAAGUGUUGAAUCAGUAAAUGUUAUCUAUCAAUGUACGACAGAAUGUAAAAAUUCCCUCAUUGACAGAAAAAGCCGAAGCGCAGAAUGGGGAUUCCCCUUAAUUUGUAUAUUAAUUAUCUGAAGAAAGAGUUUGAAUGUUAUUUCAUAGUAUUUUAUGCCACUAUACACACUUAUGUAAUUAAUGGCUUCACACUCACAGUGGGUAAAGCGGUUCUGUUUCACAUACUUAAAAAUCAUCGAAAAUUAUCACAUUAAAUUUUUAUAAUUCCAUGUGAAUAAUAAUUUCAUUAAUAUAAAAUACUAUGAAGUAAAAAUCAAACUCUUCAAUUUAUAAUAAACGGAGUGUUCUGGACGAAAAGGAGACUCUUAUAUGAAACUGUCCAAAUACAAAUAUUAUUUGAAUGUUUGUGUCUAGUCAUUUCAAAUGUUGCAAACACAAGUCAGUUUUUAUGAGAAAGUCUCCAGGGUGAGAAUGAUUUCAAAUUGAUAAAAUACUUCGGAUGGGGUUGCUAGUUACACAAUGGAACAAUAGAAGUGUGUGUACUUUUAUAGACAUGGGUAUUAAUAUACAUAUUCUGUCAUAUUGUAAUAGUGAAGACCUUUCUUAUAUGUUCAGUAAAAUAUUGUUAUAUUUAACAAUAUUUUAAGGGGUUAUGGAAAUCCCCUGAAACAUAGUUUAAAAAGAAAAAAAAUUCCUGUGAAAUAAAACAAAAAAUUCCAGUACAUAAAAUAUUUUUCCAGGAAGUUUUAACUACUUUCCAGAGUAGUUUUGAAAGCAUUUUUUCAGGGUUUUCCUGAUGUAUCUGAACUCUAAAAUCAGGUUUUGUUGUUCAACUAACAAAAUAUUUUUCCCUCACUACCCCCGGGUUUUGUACGAUUUUAUACCAGCAAUGGUUUGUUUACAAAUUUUAUAUUCCCUGGCUUGCAACUAUAAUAAUGCAAAGUUAAUAUAAAAACUACUUAAGAAAAAAAAAAUUCUUACACUAUUGGUGCUAGAAUGAAUGUGAGCCCGGGCUGUUAUUACCGUCUCAUAUCUCAUCUGAACUUGUUAUAGUUGUUUUAGCUAGUCUGUUUUAUAGUCAAGAGGCUGUUGUGUCCAUGAAAACAACUUUUAAGAAUUGGUACCUUAUACAUACUAAUCUCGGUGUUUACAGAGGUGACAAAUCUUCACUAAUAAUAUGCAUCUUUUGUAGGACUUUGGGGCAAGAACAGCAUAAUUUUGUUGGCAGAUUUACUUGUUUUUUAUUAUACAGAUCUGAAAUGUUGUUAUGUUUAAUGUAUACCGACAUCCAAAAGAAACUUUACAUACAUAAAAUUUGAUAAAUAUUGUUGCUAAUCAAAAAUAACCAAUUAAUAGAAAUCAAAUUAAAAAAACUUUGCAUAUAUCACGAAGUGCAUUAUGUUUAGAUUUUGAACUUCAUGAUGCUUUCAUAUCCCACUGUACCGUUUGUUUUUGGGGGGUUUUAUAAUACAAUUUUAAGACUUGUAGUUUCUUUUGGACGUCAGUAUAGUUAAUUUUGUAGGACUAUGGGGCACAAGAACAGCAUAAUUUUGUUAGCAGGUUUAUCUGAAUGUUGAUACCAGUAAUGUUGUUAUCAGGUGGGACAAACCACACUCAAAUGGGAGUCUUUUUGUUCAUUUUGUCUUCCUAGUCCAUAAAUGUCGUUUUUCACAAUCCAAACAGUUAGAAAAAAAAAAAAUGGUGGAGCAUUAAAAGCCAUGUUUAAAUUGCUUUUCAAUCAAACAUCAUCGGUAUAUUCCGUCUACAAAGAAUAAUUAACUUGUUGUGGCCGUCUCUAGUAGUAGUAAACCAAAUAACAUCCGGUUGGGUCAAAGUUUGAGGUGCAACUUUUGAUGAAGCAGUCAAUACCACAAGUCCUGCCAUUGGUGAUAAAUGUGACUGUGCUUGUUUAAAAAUAAAAUUAGUUUUAUCUAAGCAAAAAAUGUAUGCAAUUUUAUUUCUUCUCAUACCACUUGUGGAGUAGCCUUGUGCUUAAAACAUGCAUGGGGUACCUGUAAACAAAACACCUACUCCAAUUUGGUGCUAAACUAGAGGUGUUGUAAAAAUAUCCAGUUAUAUCGAACAUGAGCAUUGAAAGGUACCGUUUUAUUCAGUUAAUACUUUGAACCUAAAAGACUGCAACAGAUUCAUAUUUUUUAGGUUUGUAUUGGCCUGACAAAGUUGGUGAUGGAUAUCAAACUGAAAGAAUGGGGAUAUGGAGGCAGUCAAACCUAACCCAUGCAUUAAGAUUGUGAAAAAUAGCAACAUUUAUGGACUGUUCCAUAUUUCCUGUAUUCAAAUAUUUUUAACAUUAUUUGUUACAAACAUUAAGUUAGGUGUUGAUUGUUCAGCAGACAAUACAUGUACCUACCUUGUGAAGGUCCUAAAUGCUCAUGUCAAUUGGUGCAGUAGCUUGGGAGUCUGGCCAGGAAACGCUUUGGUGUUUUAAUUCCAAACUCUAACUCAAUAAAUGAUUAACCGGUUUUUGACUGAAUGUUAUUGUUUUAAGGCCAAAAUUAUUUACUGGUUAACCGGUUUUUGACUGAAUGUUAUUGUUUUAAGGCCAAAAUUAUUUACUGGAUGAACUAUAAGAAUUGGACAAAUCUGAUGACCAAUUCAAAACAAGCAUGUACUUAAAAUUGUUGAUCCACUGCUUUGAUAAUAAAGUGUUUUAUAUACA